AUGGAGGCUGACAAGGAGACCAUGACGCGAAGUCUGAUGUUCUUGUUCCAGGGUCUGAGUGCUGCACGAGCUAUCGCGCUGGAUUCCAGAACCAUCCAGAUAUUGGGUAAAGUUGAUUCGGCCUUCCUGGAGCAGCAGCCCUCCCCCUUCGCCAGGUUGGAGACCUUGCUUGUGGCGCGUGACACUGUGCCUUACCUACUGGUCGAUUACUUUCUUAAAGGGUCCACUGAUGAGAACCCAAUUGUGAAGCCAUAUCUUGCUACAUUGUACUCCUGUUCAUUGCCCGGCCGGCCAUAUUCAGAUUCAUUCCCUUCCGCACAAGCACAACUUGUGAAGGCUGGCUCUUUCCCCCCGGAUCUGCGCAUCUAUCUCAUCUCAAUCGCACAAAUCGAAGAACUAGCUGAGACCCUGCUUUAUCGAUGGAGAGAUAAUAUGGUGGAGAGGAGUUGGUUCCAAAGGCAGGAUGCUGAUUAUGAUGAAUAUGACCUAAAGGAAAUGGAGUAUUCAGCUGCUGUUGCUGCCGCAGCAUUCGCGAUUUCUUCCUCGCUCGAAGAAGAAGAAGCUGGAGCAGCAGAUUACAGAAGGAAGAUGGAAGAAGAUGAAAGGCGGAGGUCAAUGGGAAGACCCAAGUCAAUAAUAAAAGAAGAAACCCCCAUUUCAAGACUUGCUUCCUUCAGAAACUUGUCCAUCAAGGAAGACAGAGAUCCAGGUGAAUCUUCUGACAGGAGGGCGCGGCAGCAGCAGCAGCAGGAGAGAGGGUUCCCUGCCAGAAGGCCAAGCCUCUCUUCAGGUGGAGAAGAUUCUUGGGAGAAGGCUCAGCUGAGGAAGAUCAGCAAAAGGUACGAGAAGAUGGAGGCAAAGAUUGUUGGUUGGCAGGAGGCAAAGAAGAUGCAGACUAAACUCAAAAUGGAAAGAAAAAGGAAUGAGUUGGAAAUGAGGAGGACAAGGAACAUGCAGCAUUACCAGGGCAAGAUGGAGAGGAUUGACAUGAUUGCCAAUGGAGCGAAAGGGCAGCUGGAAGAGAAACGGAGGAAAGAAGAAGCUGAGGUGAAACACAAAGCCAGGCUCAACCUUCACUCCAAGGGCCGUUCGAAGAAUUCUUGCUUCGGGUGGAACUAAAACACUCUCAGAAUUUAUCAAGUUACGCAUAUUGUUAUGAGAAAUUGGAUAAUUGACAUUUGGAGAACCUGUAAACUUUGAAUUGGAAACCUGUGUGUGCCGAUUGUUUGCUGUAAAACAAGAAUUUGUACAGAUAACCACCUGAAUGGACUAGUGAUAUUAACGAAUUGCUGACAGAGUUUGGAGAGGGAUUGAUUCUGCGUUUCUAUCA